ACGUAAUGUACGUCUGCGAGUUUCCUGUCCUGAAGUUUGAAUCAGCGUGGAUUGAGCACUCAUUAUUGUAGAGGAGCCCACUUUACAGCGAAGCAAUGAGAAGCGUAACGGCUUGUUUGAACCCCUCUUUUGGUUAGUUUUAAACAAAGAUAUAAAGCGAUGACGAGCAGCUCUUCAACCUCUCUGGCUCACACCUGCAGUUUUGGCUCUGUGCGUCAGAGCCCCUCACUCAGUUCAGAUCUGGCACAGACGCUCUGCUCGCUGGACACCGCUGCGGAUCAACUAAUGAUCCACAAAGACUUCCAAGCAGCUUUCGACACGUGUGACAAAGCACUGGCUCAUCUCGCCACCGUCGAGAAUGAGGACAGCAGGUAUGGGGAGUUUAAGGCAGGUCUCUGCCUUUUAGGGAUUCAGGCAUUGGCUGAACUCAAUCAGUGGCGCGGAGUGCUCGUUUGGAUCCUUCAGCAUUAUGAGUGUCAAGACAAAAUACCUGCCAAGAUAAUGCAGAUGUGCAUUCUUCUCUACACCAAGGUGAGUGAGCAAGCCUUGAUGCAUGAGACAGCCAGAUGUUGGCUCCACUGCCCAUCCAACAGCAGAGUGGUUGGGUUUGGGACGGUUGCAGAGCUGUACCUGUUGCAUGUACUCUUGCCACUUGGACACGUGGAAGAGGCACAUGAGUUAAUUCUUGGUGAGGUGGGAAGCUGUGCUUUCACAGAAGACCAGAGGCAUACAGCAGUGGCGAUUGUGGAAGAGAAAGCAAGUCAAAGUCAAGACCCACCACCAAAUCCUAGUGAAGACCCUAGCCCAGAUACAACGGGACGCGCUGUCUCACCCCAAGGUACUGUAAUCCAGAAACUUAAAGCCAUUGUGAGUUUUUUAUACAGAAGACUGUCAAUGGCCAGUGUUGGGUCAUUUACUCUCAGAAGAGUUUUCCUGGCUGUUGUCCUUCUCUUCGUGCUUUUUGUUCGAAUGGAUCCAGCUCUUCCUUCUUCAUUCCUCUGGAUUUCCAAACUUCUGCGACUACUGCAAUAGAUGUGGGGUGCCAUGUUUGCACCACAAUAUCAGGCCAUUCCAAAGAGCAAAAGACAUUAAAAUACUGAUAGAUGUAGUGUUUUGUCCUUCUUGUUGUUGGAUUUGGUGUGUAUUUAUGUUGAAUAAGAAAUACUGUUUGUACUAUUAAGUUACAUGCGAACAAAUCUCUUUACAUUUUUUAUUUAACCUUUGCAAAAUGACAUUUAUUAUAGGAACACAGUAUUCCAGGUUAUCAAAAACGUAAUAUUUGGUAUAUGUCAUAGAACAAAAUUAUAUUUAUUAAGCUACAGCAAAGCUAAUCAUUUUCAAUCAUUUAUCAUUAUGAAGCCAUCUUAUUUUUUGGAGCAUUAUCUUGCCUACUCAUUGGUAGUUUCGAUUAUACUGAGGAAAACGUAUAGUAUGAAUAGAAAUUGAAAGUAUCUAAAAAGUCAGGAGUUGUUGCACAGGCCUGCAUCAGUGUUAAACCGCGCACUUUACAAGGCCAAAUACUGUAUUUUCCCCAAUUUUAACUUUACAGAUAAGCCCCACAUUGAUGUCAUUGGCAGACUGAUGAAACUAUGGUUCAUUGAGUACAUCUACAGUGGAUAGAAAAAGUCUACACACCCCUGUUAAAAUGGCAGGUUUUUGUGAUGUAAAAAAAAUAAAAUCACA